AUGUCAACUGGCCGAGAGCAGGGUCCUACUCAUCUAUCGGAACAAACACCCGAAGUAAUCCCCCCGGAUACCUUGCAAUAUCCAAUCAGCAACUGGGCGGCACCUAGAUUGCCCACGGGUUCGCAAGUCAUGGAUUUCCAUCAAGAUCCUGGACAUACUAGUGGUAACCCUAGUGAUAACGCUUGGGGUACCACCAUGUCGGGUCCAGAUGAAGAGCAAUUCAAUCAACCUCAUCAGAUGGGAGAAAAUAUGCCAAACAUGCUUUACUCCCCUAUCCUGUCCUCUUCCACUCAUUCUGUGGCUCAAUUAGGGUCGGAGCAUUUUCGUCCUGAACUGAAGCCUGAUCCUGAUAGUUUGCUGUGUCAACAAGAGCAACAGCUUCCAGGCUUGUGGGAUGAGCCCCCUAUCGAUUCGAUCUCUAGAGAGCUGGAACAAGCCAUGAAGCUGGAAGACUCUGACGGAACUUUCCCUUCUACACCCACCGCCUUAACAUCCCCCUCAACAACUUCUCACUACUCGUUCCCCAACUCGCCCUGCCACUCUUCUGGUACUCCCUCUGAAAGCACCAGCAUCAUGGUAGACCACACCUCCCCCGGAACCAGCUCUGAAUUCAGUGAAGGGGAUCCUCCCAUCGACCCUCCAUACUCCCAGUUGAUCUUCCGAGCUCUCUACGAGUGCGAGAACCAUAUGAUGCCACUCCAAGAGCUCUAUGCCUGGUUCAAAAAUAAUACCAACAAGGGCAAAGAGCAAGGAAAUGGAUGGCAAAACAGCAUUCGACACAAUCUUUCUAUGAACGCCGUACGUACACUCCACUUUACCACUAACGCCAAAUCCAUUAUCAUCAAAGUUAACCAAUUCAAACAGGGGUUUCGUGCUAUCAAGAGUGAAGAGAAACAUGUUCCCGGCAAGAGAGUCGUGAACUAUUGGAGCCUUACCGCGGAAGCCCUCUUAGACGGCAAAGUAGAAUCCACCACACGCUACCGUCGAUCCAACCCCAAAAAGAGCCCAAAGUCCGACGGUUCCAACCGUCGCAGAGGUCACGGGGGUAUAAACAAAGGGAAAGGGAAAGAAAAAGUCAAAGGCAAAGAGACCCGCUCCGAGCACGAAGAACACCAGCACUUUCCUCCAAGUCAGAUUCAGAGUCAGGCUCAGAAUCAGAAUCAGGCCCAGACUCAGCCUCCAUUCAUGGAGGGCUUCAUUUGUCAACAUGGAGUACCUGGGUACCAGAUGUGUCCCAUGUCUACCCAAAUGUCUCCCGUGUCUACCCAGAUGUCUUCCAUGUCCCCCAUGUCCCAAAUGUCUACCGUCCCUUCCAUGAUACCCAUAUCUGCCAUAACUCCUGCAACCAUUCCCCAAGUUCCUGUGCCCAUGGGCUCCCAAAUGCAGGUUUACUCGCGUAUAUUUGGAGUGGGAUACGAUAGUGUGACAGGCUGCACGCCUUCGUCGCAGAACAGCCCGAUGUUUGGUGAUGUGGAUCCUGUACCGAUCCAGGAGCCAGUCGGGGGGAACUAUGGAUGGUGUAAUAAUGGGGUCGUUAUCAAAUCCACUAACCAAUCGACUUCUAUGAAGGAAGAAAGGUGGGGAUGA